GUGAGUGUGAUGAGUGUGUGUGAGUGUGAGUGUGAGUGUGAUGAGUGUGCGCGUGGUGAGGUGAGCCCCUCGCAGGAGUGUUUGCCGACCCGCCCCUCCUCGGACUGGGCACAGCUCGCGAAUGCACCGAAGGAUGCACUUGCCAUGUCAGAGUCGCCCCCGGAGAAGGAGUGUGAAGUGAUGGGAGAAGAAGUGUCUUUAAUUUAUGGCUUCAGCUGUACAAGAGCAAGCUCGUUUCAGAACUAGUUUUUUUGUGUGUUUGGGGGUUUUUUUUGAAAGCAGUUUUGUUCAUAGCUUUUUCAUCUUGCUAAUUGCAUAUUAGUUGCGGAGGGUUUUUUUUGUUUGUUUGUUUUUUCACAGUCCUUGUCCUACUAAACAAAAAGAUAAAGUGAUGGAUGCUUUUCUAUCUCCUUGAAUGUUUUGGUGAUUUUUAAAACAUAAAUCUGAUUAGCUGCCUUCCCUCUCUUACACGCACACGCUCCCACCAGCACCACCUUCCUGUGCUGAGGGCUAUCUGACAUUUUUGUGAGCUCCCAGCAUGGCCAUCUCCCAGGGUUUUGAGGCUUUUUUCAUUGAGAGUAUGUGAGUUGCUGAAGUAAAGGAACCCUGCAGCCUUCCCAUGCUAUCUGUUGACAUGGAAAACAAGGAAAAUGGCUCUGUCGGUGUAAAAAAUUCCCUGGAUAACGGGAGACCACCCGAUCCUGCAGACUGGGCCGUGGUGGAUGUCGUCAAUUACUUCCGGACAGCAGGAUUUGAGGAACAAGCUAAUGCUUUUCAAGAACAGGAAAUUGAUGGAAAAUCCCUGCUAUUGAUGACAAGAAAUGAUGUGCUGACAGGACUUCAGUUAAAGUUGGGGCCUGCUCUGAAAAUCUAUGAGUAUCAUGUAAAACCUCUGCAGUCAAAGCAUUUAAAGAACAACUCUUCAUAGUACAGUCAAAUUGGGGUCUCAGACCUCAAAAAUACAUAAUGACAUAAUUUAGUUUCAUGUGAUGAAACUUUGUAAACAGAAUACAUACAUGUGUAUAUGUAAAGAAUUUCAACCAAAUGAAACGUUAUCCUAUUGGAUAGACUAGGCAAUCCAUCAGCUGACCUGAAUUCAGCUAGGAGGAGCAAGGAGAACAGGUGGAUAGGACGGUUUUCCUUGUGGAGUUUGUCAAAGAGAGUACAAAGAAAUCAAUAUUUGACAUGAGUAGAUACCCUUCCCCAGAAAAGCUUUGAGGUCAUAAGGACAUUCUUCGUUUCUUCAUAGAUGGCUUUCCCAAAAUUCUUUUAAAAAUUCAAUGGGAUGAGCAUGUUUGAUUACAGACUUGGGGAGGGGGAGAGAGAGAAAGGGAUUGCUGUCUCCCUUGAGUUCCUCUGCUCCUUAGAGCUUGUGUUACUGGGAUGGAAUUGCUGACACCCUUUUUUACAGAGGGUCCUCCACUUGACCUUAUUAAGGUUUCACUGGGAUAUGCUGCGCUUUUUGAAAUGAACAUGCAUCUUGGCCCCUUUAGAAGCAGAACCAUAGCUCUGAAAAGAAAAACUCUGUUGUAUAUUGGGGAUAUCCAUCCAUAUUCAGCUGGCUUUCACAGAGGGUAAUGGUAUUUUCUGCAUAGAAUUGCUUUUAAAUUGGUUGUUUCAAAAAAAAAAAGCAUUAUUUCACUUUAUGGUUGUAUUUAUAAUAAUUUGUUUCUGAAGAAAUUUGCCAAGAGUUACAGAUCAAAAAGCCUUGUUACUAGUACAGAAUAUUUUUAUAUACAUUCCUUCAUGAUGGUGUAAUAUUUUUAAAAUUGCUCUGAUGCUUUGUUUGAUUCCUGGUUUGAGUACUUGUUUUUAAGAACUUGAAAAGGUGGGGUUGCUACAUCUCUGUUCAAAGAGACAUUUGUUCAAUCUCUGUGUGUUGAUACCUUGUUGGAUUGUGUUUUGUGGUUGCAAUAAAGCAUUGCUUCAGUUUA